AUGACCCAAGAUAAUCAUAAACGAGUGCAGUUGGCCAACCUACACCAUGUCAAGUCAGAUACUCCAAGUUGGAAGGAUAUUCCAAGGUUUGGUCCUAAUCCUGCCAAGCUACUAGCGCAGCAGCAACCUAUUGCAGAUUUGUUUCCACCACGACUUCGUAGAUAUCUAAACCAUCAUGUUCAUGAGCAAUAUUAUCCACCUCGUAAUUGUCAAACCAAUUUGCAUACUCAACGACCUCACAGUAAACCAAUAAUUCUGUCAAGGGGAAAGCCUAGACCAUCUGGCCAACAGUCAUUUAUACCCAACAUCUCUACCGCCACGUUUAUUCCUACUGAGCCUUUAAACACAACUCCUAGCCAUGAUGGCAUAGAUUAUCAUAUCGUCUACGAUACUCAUAAGAAACAUGCUCACGACUUGCCAUUUCCUGGUAGCUGUAAUGCAUCCAUUACUCAUCUGCGACAAUCUGAUCGUAUACGACUUGCUGCUUUGAUUCAUAAUUUGGCUACAAUUCAAACUCAGCAUAAGCAUCUUGCACUUCAGAUGGAUACGGUCUCGAAACAAAAAAAAGAACUGGAGAUUGAGCUAGGAAAGGCCAGAUUUGAAAAUACCGGAUUAGCAGACCAACACAAAGAUGUAGUGUGCGAGCUUCUAAAAUCUAAAAAGCAAUUGGAGUUCUAUGAAUCUCAAUUGCAAGAUCUUCAGUGUAAAAUUGCUGAAAAUCAAAAUCGACAGGAUUUAACCAAAAUGGAUUCUCAAAAUGACCGAUAUACUCAAAUGUGCUCCAAAUCUACAUCUCCAAUGAAUGUUCCCAAAGAUAACUUUGAACCCGAGUUACCACAAGUGCAGAAUGGAAUUGAACAUUUAGACGCUACUUCAGCAUUGUCUAGCCAAGACAGGAACAUAUCAAAUCCAUUUAACAAGACAAUGGCAGGCACACAUGGUGCUAUUCAAGAUCAAAACAAUAUUUAUAAUCACAGCCUAGAAAAAGCAGAAGACAGUCGUAUGCAUAGUGACAAGUCUAUAAUUGAACGGCAAGCCGAGCUGGAAAAGAUUCUAGAUAGUCACGAUAACCCCAAUUCAUACAGUGAUGCUUUUCAUCAAUCAGUAUCAGAUUCUGCUACAUCAGAGCAAGAGAAUUCAGAACACGCUGGAAUGAACCUGGAGAAUAUUUUGUUAUCUGUACUUCGGCAACGUGCCUCCAAGUCUACUAAACGUGAAAAGAAAUUUGCUCAAGCAAAGUAUUGUGAUCGCGCAACCAGUCCUAAUAUAGCCGAUGAUAAUCCAGCAGAUUCAUCAGAGAAAAAGAAAUGUACUAUAGCCGAGCACAUUGAUCGACUUUUGGGUCAGCGCUCAUACAUUAAUACUGUUUCUGAAUCAGACGAUAGCUUGAUUGCCAAUCAAUCCCAAUCAAAUCCUUAUAUAAACACAGACAAUACACGCACUUGUUUGUCAAAGGAUCAGCAACCUAAACCAGAAUCCUAUAAUACUCGAAACUCUUAUGUUGGUAUCGAGUCAGAAACUAAUGCAAAGCGUCAAUCACCUAUAUUGGUUCCGCAACAGCCACAGUUUUUAGAUCCAUCAGCAGCCAUUUCUUUUGACAAUACAGUGCAUUCCAAUAAUACUAAAUUGAAUAGUGCUCAAACUGUGCAUAAUGGACAGCAGGAUCAUGAAAAAUCGAGUCGCCACUCUACGAAUGCUCCACAGAUGAAGCAGCAUUCUAAACAGUCAAUUCACUCGUUUGUUACUCCUAUAUCAUCAUCUGGAUCAUAUCUUACGCAUACUGGAAUUUGUACGUGUGCAUGCAUGCAAUGCAUUUCUGUUGAUUUAUCAGGAACACCUACUGUAACAACGAUUCCUUCGUCAGCAUCGUCUUUUACUACCAUGUCAAUACACUGUCCUGUAUGCUGUGGAUGCGUAUCACACCACUCAUCUCAGAAAUAUACAUCAAAGAUUUGCUCCAAACAGACGGGCAACGACAGUUUAAAAAGUCAAAAAGAAUCAAGCGAGUCAGAAAAGGUUAUUGUAGAUGCAAAAUCAUUCAAGAAACCAACCAACAUUUCAUUGCAAUCCGUUAAAUCUCCCUCAGCUACACGGAUUAUUGAAGUGAGUGGAUCGUCAGUAUUGUAUUCAAAUGGCUCUUUAACAUCGUCAGAGAUAAAUAGACCCAGAGAUGACUCCAGUGGUUUAGGGUAUACUCGCUCAUUUAGUGAAGCAUUCAAGCUUAUACCACAGGAUGCAAGUUUUUUAUUUGCAAACGAUACAUCCAUGCUCAAAUCAUUAGCACAAAUUGUUUGUGAAUUAGAAACUUGA